UCCCAUUAUUUGCAAUGGCAUAGUAAAAUGAUGUCCAUUAUACAAAAUAGCAAAAGCAUGGUUUGCUUUUACAUUUUUUCAAGCUGUGGUUAGUUGAAUCUGUGGAUACAGAGACCAUGGAUACAGAGGUGGAUUGUAUUUGGCACUGUUUUGAGAUAUACUGCUCAGACUCUACUUGCUGUUAAACUCUUACAAAGCAUUUACAUACAAGUAAAAAGGUGUUCCCAAAUUUCUCAAAUGUCCUCUUUUACUCCUUCUCAGCACAAGCAAAGAAAGAAGUUGUAGUUUUUUUCUUCCAGAUAAGAUGGGCACCACUUAACAAUAACCAGAACCCUAAACAGUGAUCUGCCUGUCACUCAAGAAACCACAUACUGACUCAAAAGAUCCUUGACUAACUUUUUUCCAGGAUCUUCAAGGACUUUUUUGCUGGGGAAGAAAUCUUACCCUUUGCUAUUCAUUUUGAAUUUCCUUUAUUAGAUGGAAGCUUGACAAAAAAAUAAUACACCUCCCCAAAGACAAACAUGCUUGGCUGGUUACCAAGGAACUGGAAGCGCAUCCUCUAUUUACCUCUGCUUCGACGAAGAUCCUCACGGCCCCACCUUGUUAGACCCUGUCAAACAUACUAGGAAAACUGCCAAGAUUACCUGCUAUAUAAGACUCUGAGAGUCGAGGUGAGCUAACCCUUUUGGCCCAGAAGCUGGCUGAACAUCAUCCCACCAGACUCCAUUCAAGAUGGAGUUUGGCACAGGGAAGAGAACGCCUUUAUGGGCCGUCAUAUUUACAAUCUGCUGUAUCCAACAGAAAGUCUCUAGCAACGAAGUCAUAUCUGGAAAAGUGACCAUCAUUCCACCAAUUACGACUCCAGUUAUCACAUCUUUCAAUAGAGCUCACAAUGGACAAGUGUGCAGCACAUGGGGCAACUUCCAUUUCAAGACGUUUGAUGGAGACAUGUUUCAUUUCCCUGGGCUCUGCAACUAUGUCCUUGCCUCCCAUUGCAACACUCCCUUUGAGGACUUCAACAUCCAGAUGAGGCGCACAGUGGUAGGAGACACAGCAGUUAUCAGUUAUAUCACCAUGAGGCUGGAUGGAGUUGAUGUGCAAUUAGAAGAAGAUGCUGUUGCGGUGAAUGGUGAAAGGGUUGAGCUGCCCUACAGUGGAGCUGGAUUUCUAAUUGAAAAAUCUACCACCUAUGUUAUGAUAACUGUCAAGUUGGGCUUAAACCUAAUGUGGAAUGAAAAAGACAGUCUAAUGUUGGAACUAGAUAAAAAAUAUGCCAACCAGACCUGUGGGCUUUGUGGAGAUUUUAAUGGCAUUCCAACUUACAAUGAAUUCAUUUCAAAUGGUGUCCACUUAACUGACCUGCAGUUUGGAAAUAUGCAGAAGCUGAAUGGGCCAACAGAAGAUUGUGAGGAUCCUUUACCUAUUCCUCUGAACAACUGCACUGAUGUAUAUGAUAUUUGUCGACAAGUACUAACUGGGUCUGCAUUCUCUCAAUGUAAUGAUGUCGUCUGGGUGGAUGACUACAUUGAUAUCUGCAUACAGGACUUGUGCCUCUGCAAUGAGUCUGAUAACUUUUCCUGUCUCUGUCAAACUUUUGCUGAAUACUCCCGGCAAUGUGAUCAUGCGGGUGGGCAACCUGAGAACUGGAGAACCCCAGAACUGUGCCCAAUGGGAUGUCCUUUCAAUAUGGAAUACCAAGAAUGUGGAUCACCCUGUAUGGAUACUUGUACCAAUUCUGAAAGGUCUCAGCUCUGUGAAGACCACUGUAUGGAUGGCUGCUUCUGUCCGCCAGGAACUGUAUAUGAUGACAUCAGCGGCUCGGGUUGUGUUCCACUUGAACAGUGUUCCUGCAUUUACAAUGGCAAAUCCUAUGCUCCAGGGGCAACCUUUUCAGAACCAUGCCGUUCCUGUCUCUGCGCUGGAGGCCAAUGGGACUGCACUGAUGUUCCAUGUAUCGGUACUUGCUCAAUAGAAGGUGGAUCACACAUCUCCACUUAUGAUGAAAAACAUUAUGAUGUCCAUGGAGACUGCACUUAUGUUCUGUCUAAGGCUUGCGAUGACAACCUGUUCACUAUUCUUGGAGAGCUCCGCAGGUGUGGCCUAACGGAGACUGAAACAUGCUUAAAGAUGAUAACCCUCAACAUUAAUGGAGGCGAGACUAACGUUGUGAUCAAGCCUGAUGGUGACGUAUUCCUGAACUGGAUCUAUACCCAACUACCUAUCUCAGCAGCCAAUGUGACCAUCUUCAGUCCUUCCUCUUUCUUCAUAAUUGUGCAAACCACCUUUGGCCUCCAGCUUGUCAUCCAGCUCACACCCAUGAUGCAAGUGUACAUUUAUCUGGAUCCAUCUUUUAAAGAGAGAACAUGUGGUCUGUGUGGAAACUUUGACAGCCGUGAGGCAGAUGACUUCCAAGUCCUAAGUGGAGUGGUGGAAGGGACAGCCGCUGCUUUUGCUAAUACCUGGAAAACUCAGGCAGCGUGUCCCAACAUCAAACAUACAUUUGAGGACCCUUGCACACUUAGCAUAGAAAAUGAAAAAUAUGCCAGUCACUGGUGUGGGUUGCUGACUGAUAGUGAAGGACCUUUUGCUGAAUGCCAUUCUGCAGUGAAUGCAGCUCCUUAUCAUAAGAAUUGCAUGUUUGACACUUGCAACUGUGAGAGAAGUGAAGAUUGCAUGUGUGCAGCCCUCUCGUCCUAUGUCAGAGCCUGUGCAGUUAAGAACGUUGAACUUCCAGGAUGGAGGACCACUGUCUGUUCCAAAUACAUGACAUGCCCCCAGUCCCUGAAUUACAGCUAUGACAUCAGUUCCUGCCAGCCUACCUGCCGAUCACUGAGUGAACCUGACAUCACCUGCAAUGUCAAAUUUGUCCCUGUUGAUGGAUGUACAUGUCAAAGUGGCACUUACUUGGAUAGUUCUGGAAAAUGCGUGCCUGCUCAAAAUUGCCCCUGUUAUUACAAAGGAAAUCCUGUACUCUCUGGUGAAGUUCUCCAUGAUCUCGGUGCUGUAUGCACUUGUAGUAAAGGAAAGCUGAACUGCAUUGGUGGUGGAGGAGAUAAGCCAAUAUGUGUUGCUCCCAUGGUAUACUUUGACUGCAAAAACACCACUGCAGGCACCACUGGAGCUGAAUGUCAGAAAAGUUGUCAGACACUUGAUAUGCACUGUUAUAGCACACAAUGUGUCUCUGGCUGCAUGUGCCCCAGUGGGUUAGUAUCAGAUGGUAAAGGUGGCUGUAUUCCUAUGGAGGAGUGCCCAUGUGUCCACAAUGAUGUCACUUAUAAACCCGGAGAAAAGAUCAAAGUCGACUGUAACACCUGUGUAUGUAAGGACAGAAUGUGGAAGUGCACAAAGAAUAAAUGCUUAGCUACCUGUACUGUUUAUGGAGAUGGGCAUUAUAUCACUUUUGACGGCAAGAGUUACAUUUUCAAUGGGAAGUGUGAAUACACCUUUGUCAAGGAUCACUGUGGACAGAAUAACUCCAGCAAGGAAACUUUCCAAGUCAUCAUCGAAACCAUUCCCUGUGGCACAACUGGAACCACUUGCUCAAACUCUAUUAAAAUAUUUUUAGGGACUGUUGAACUGAUACUCAGUGAGGAGCACCAUGAAUUGAUACAAAGGGGUGAAGAAAAUCUGCCACUGCCAUACAGAAUUCGCUAUAUGGGCAUCUACUUGGUUAUUGAAACCUACAAUGGACUGAUCAUCUUAUGGGACAAAAAAACAACAAUUUUUAUCAAACUAACUGCUGAUUUCAAGGGUCAAGUCUGUGGUUUAUGUGGGAAUUAUGAUGGCAGUGGAAUUAAUGAUUUUACAACUCGAAGUCAAUCUGUAGUAGGCAAUGUGUUGGAAUUUGGAAACAGUUGGAAGGUAUCCCCCACAUGUCCUGAUGCUAAGUGCACAAAGGAUCCCUGUGCCAAGAACCCCUACAGGAAGUCCUGGUCCCAGAAGCAAUGCAGCAUCAUCAACAGCAAAACCUUUGCUACCUGCCAUUCUCACGUUGAUCCAACUAAAUAUUAUGAAGCUUGUGUGACUGACUCCUGUGCUUGUGACAGCGGAGGAGAUUGUGAAUGUUUCUGUACCGCAGUAGCUGCCUAUGCUCAAGCAUGUAGUGAUUUUGGAAUAUGUGUCACAUGGAGGUCACCGUCCAUCUGUCCACUGUUCUGUGACUACUACAAUGCUGAAGGCGAAUGUGAUUGGCACUACAAGCCUUGUGGCGCCCCAUGCAUGAAGACUUGUAGAAAUCCAAGUGGGAGAUGCCUUCAUCAUUUACCAGGCUUGGAAGGUUGUUAUCCACACUGUCCUCCUGAGAAGCCUUAUUUCAGUGAGGAUGAGAUGAGAUGUGUUAGUGUUUGUGGCUGCUAUGAUGGUCAGGGUGACUAUUACCCACCAGGAACAAUCUUUGACUCAAGGAAGACGUGUCAGACAUGUCAAUGCACCAAUAAAGGCAUAGAGUGUACCUAUGAUCCUAAAGCAUGUUACUGCUAUUACGAAGGAAAGACUUAUAUCUACAGGGAUGUCAUCUACAACACCACAGAUGGCUUGGGCUGGUGCAUGAUUGCAACCUGUGACAUCAAUGGAACCAUAAAUAGAGAAGUGUACAAAUGUGCAGGAACGAUCCCAACAACACCAUUUACAUUUACCACUGUUUCGGCAACAACAUCAACUUCGACACAAAGCACAACAUCAUGUGUGCACAUAGAAUGUGAAUGGACAGAAUGGUAUGAUGUCAGCUACCCAAGUUAUGAUAAAAACAAUGGUGAUUAUGAAACACCACAAAACAUAAGAAACCAAGGAUAUAACUUUUGUAAAAUCCCAGAUCAAGUGGAAUGCAGAGCACAAAGAUUUCCCAAUGAAAAAUUGGAAGCAUUAAAUCAAAAGAUAACUUGCAGCAAAACUAAUGGCUUGAUUUGUAAUAACAAAGACCAGUUUCCACCAAUCUGUUACAAUUAUGAGGUCAGAUUCUUCUGCUGUGAGUAUAAACCAUGUAGUGUGGUAACCACUAUACCAAUCACAUCAAUUACUACUGAAACAACACCUGCAUAUACACCAACAUCUAUCGCAGGCUCCAGCUCAGUUCCGUCAAUGUCCACAACUAUGCAAAGUACCUCAGUUGUGUCCACCACCCCAAUUAUAACAGCCCCAGUCAGCACACCAGGAACAACCCCCGGGAAAGCCUCUACUGUGACAGCUACAUCCCUGGAGUCCACCCCCGUAUCCAAGCCUACGGCAACAAUCCCAACCUCAGGAACGACAACCACCACCGGUCCGCCAUCCUCUUCCACUACCACCUGCCAGCCUCGAUGCGAAUGGACCACUUGGUUCGAUAACCAUUAUCCAAGCUCAGACCCAGAAGACGGAGACAUGGAAAACCAGGAGACCAUCCGAGCAAAUGGGGGCCAGCUUUGCGACAAACCCGAGGACAUUGAGUGCCGAGCAGAGGACUACCCGGAUGUCAGCCUGGAGGACCUCGGUCAGAAGCUUCAAUGCAGCCUCCAAACUGGGCUUUUGUGCGAGAAUGCAAAGCAGACGGGAAAGAUGAACGUGUGUCGCAACUACGAGGCCAGAUUCCUAUGUUGCGACAACAGCCACUGCAAACCUGCAACCACACCACCGGUUCCCACGACGGCUGCCACCACAACCCUACAAAGCACCAUCCCGGGAAAGAGCACACCGCCAGCAUCUUCCGCAGGAUCCACCCCAGUGCCGCAGGCCUCCACCACUACGCAGAGCACAACAGUUGUGUCCACCACCCCAAUUGUAACAGCCCCGGUCAGCACACCAGGAACAACCCCCGGGAAAGCCUCUACUGUGACAGCUACAUCCCUGGAGUCCACCCCCGUAUCCAAGCCUACGGCAACAAUCCCAAGCUCAGGAACGACAACCACCACCGGUCCGCCAUCCUCUUCCACUACCACCUGCCAGCCUCGAUGCGAAUGGACCACUUGGUUCGAUAACCAUUAUCCAAGCUCAGCCCCAGAAGACGGAGACAAGGAAAACAUGGAGACGAUCCGAGCAGGAGGGGGCCAGAUUUGCGACAAGCCCCAGGACAUUGAGUGCCGAGCAGAGGACUACCCCGAUGUCAGCCUGGAGGACCUCGGUCAGAAGCUUCAAUGCAGCCUCCAAACUGGGCUUUUGUGCGAGAAUGCAAAGCAGACCGGAAAGAUGAACGUGUGUCACAACUACGAGGCCAGAUUCCUAUGUUGCGACAACAGCCACUGCAAACCUGCAACCACACCACCGGUUCCCACAACGGCUGCCACCACAACCCUACAAAGCACCAUCCCGGGAAAGAGCACACCGCCAGCAUCUUCCGCAGGAUCCACCCCAGUGCCGCAGGCCUCCACCACUACGCAGAGCACAACAGUUGUGUCCACCACCCCAAUUGUAACAGCCCCGGUCAGCACACCAGGAACAACCCCCGGGAAAGCCUCUACUGUGACAGCUACAUCCCUGGAGUCCACCCCCGUAUCCAAGCCUACGGCAACAAUCCCAACCUCAGGAACGACAACCACCACCGGUCCGCCAUCCUCUUCCACUACCACCUGCCAGCCUCGAUGCGAAUGGACCACUUGGUUCGAUAACCAUUAUCCAAGCUCAGCCCCAGAAGACGGAGACAAGGAAAACCCGGAGACGAUCCGAGCAGGAGGGGGCCAGAUUUGCGACAAGCCCCAGGACAUUGAGUGCCGAGCAGAGGACUACCCCGAUGUCAGCCUGGAGGACCUCGGUCAGAAGCUUCAAUGCAGCCUCCAAACUGGGCUUUUGUGCGAGAAUGCAAAGCAGACGGGAAAGAUGAACGUGUGUCACAACUACGAGGCCAGAUUCCUAUGUUGCGACAACAGCCACUGCAAAACUGCAACCACACCACCGGUUCCCACAACGGCUGCCACCACAACCCUACAAAGCACCAUCCCGGGAAAGAGCACACCGCCAGCAUCUUCCGCAGGAUCCACCCCAGUGCCGCAGGCCUCCACCACUACGCAGAGCACAACAGUUGUGUCCACCACCCCAAUUGUAACAGCCCCGGUCAGCACACCAGGAAGAACCCCCGGGAAAGCCUCUACUGUGACAGCUACAUCCCUGGAGUCCACCCCCGUAUCCAAGCCUACGGCAACAAUCCCAACCUCAGGAACGACAACCACCACGGGUCCACCAUAUUCUUCCACUACCACCUGCCAGCCUCGAUGCAAAUGGACCGCUUGGUUCGAUAACCAUUAUCCAAGCUCAGACCCAGAAGACGGAGACAUGGAAAACCAGGAGACCAUCCGAGCAAAUGGGGGCCAGCUUUGCGACAAACCCGAGGACAUUGAGUGCCGAGCAGAGGACUACCCGGAUGUCAGCCUGGAGGACCUCGGUCAGAAGCUUCAAUGCAGCCUCCAAACUGGGCUUUUGUGCGAGAAUGCAAAGCAGACGGGAAAGAUGAACGUGUGUCGCAACUACGAGGCCAGAUUCCUAUGUUGCGACAACAGCCACUGCAAACCUGCAACCACACCACCGGUUCCCACGACGGCUGCCACCACAACCCUACAAAGCACCAUCCCGGGAAAGAGCACACCGCCAGCAUCUUCCGCAGGAUCCACCCCAGUGCCGCAGGCCUCCACCACUACGCAGAGCACAACAGUUGUGUCCACCACCCCAACUGUAACAGCCCCGGUCAGCACACCAGGAACAACCCCCGGGAAAGCCUCUACUGUGACAGCUACAUCCCUGGAGUCCACCCCCGUAUCCAAGCCUACGGCAACAAUCCCAACCUCAGGAACGACAACCACCACGGGUCCACCAUAUUCUUCCACUACCACCUGCCAGCCUCGAUGCAAAUGGACCGCUUGGUUCGAUAACCAUUAUCCAAGCUCAGACCCAGAAGACGGAGACAUGGAAAACCAGGAGACCAUCCGAGCAAAUGGGGGCCAGCUUUGCGACAAACCCGAGGACAUUGAGUGCCGAGCAGAGGACUACCCGGAUGUCAGCCUGGAGGACCUCGGUCAGAAGCUUCAAUGCAGCCUCCAAACUGGGCUUUUGUGCGAGAAUGCAAAGCAGACGGGAAAGAUGAACGUGUGUCGCAACUACGAGGCCAGAUUCCUAUGUUGCGACAACAGCCACUGCAAACCUGCAACCACACCACCGGUUCCCACGACAGCUGCCACCACAACCCUACAAAGCACCAUCCCGGGAAAGAGCACACCGCCAGCAUCUUCCGCAGGAUCCACCCCAGUGCCGCAGGCCUCCACCACUACGCAGAGCACAACAGUUGUGUCCACCACCCCAAUUGUAACAGCCCCGGUCAGCACACCAGGAACAACCCCCGGGAAAGCCUCUACUGUGACAGCUACAUCCCUGGAGUCCACCCCCGUAUCCAAGCCUACGGCAACAAUCCCAACCUCAGGAACGACAACCACCACGGGUCCACCAUAUUCUUCCACUACCACCUGCCAGCCUCGAUGCAAAUGGACCGCUUGGUUCGAUAACCAUUAUCCAAGCUCAGACCCAGAAGACGGAGACAUGGAAAACCAGGAGACCAUCCGAGCAAAUGGGGGCCAGCUUUGCGACAAACCCGAGGACAUUGAGUGCCGAGCAGAGGACAACCCGGAUGUCAGCCUGGAGGACCUCGGUCAGAAGCUUCAAUGCAGCCUCCAAACUGGGCUUUUGUGCGAGAAUGCAAAGCAGACGGGAAAGAUGAACGUGUGUCGCAACUACGAGGCCAGAUUCCUAUGUUGCGACAACAGCCACUGCAAACCUGCAACCACACCACCGGUUCCCACAACGGCUGCCACCACAACCCUACAAAGCACCAUCCCGGGAAAGAGCACACCGCCAGCAUCUUCCGCAGGAUCCACCCCAGUGCCGCAGGCCUCCACCACUAUGCAGAGCACAACAGUUGUGUCCACCACCCCAAUUGUAACAGCCCCGGUCAGCACACCAGGAACAACCCCCGGGAAAGCCUCUACUGUGACAGCUACAUCCCUGGAGUCCACCCCCAUAUCCAAGCCUACGGCAACAAUCCCAACCUCAGGAACGACAACCACCACGGGUCCACCAUAUUCUUCCACUACCACCUGCCAGCCUCGAUGCAAUUGGACCGCUUGGUUCGAUAACCAUUAUCCAAGCUCAGACCCAGAAGACGGAGACAUGGAAAACCAGGAGACCAUCCGAGCAAAUGGGGGCCAGCUUUGCGACAAACCCGAGGACAUUGAGUGCCGUGCAGAGGACUACCCGGAUAUCAGCCUGGAGGACCUCGGUCAGAAGCUUCAAUGCAGCCUCCAAACUGGGCUUUUGUGCGAGAAUGCAAAGCAGACGGGAAAGAUGAACGUGUGUCGCAACUACGAGGCCAGAUUCCUAUGUUGCGACAACAGCCACUGCAAACCUGCAACCACACCACCGGUUCCCACGACGGCUGCCACCACAACCCUACAAAGCACCAUCCCGGGAAAGAGCACACCACCAGCAUCUUCCGCAGGAUCCACCCCAGUGCCGCAGGCCUCCACCACUACGCAGAGCACAACAGUUGUGUCCACCACCCCAAUUGUAACAGCCCCGGUCAGCACACCAGGAACAACCCCCGGGAAAGCCUCUACUGUGACAGCUACAUCCCUGGAGUCCACCCCCGUAUCCAAGCCUACGGCAACAAUCCCAAGCUCAGGAACGACAACCACCACCGGUCCGCCAUCCUCUUCCACUACCACCUGCCAGCCUCGAUGCGAAUGGACCGCUUGGUUCGAUAACCAUUAUCCAAGCUCAGCCCCAGAAGACGGAGACAAGGAAAACAUGGAGACGAUCCGAGCAGGAGGGGGCCAGAUUUGCGACAAGCCCCAGGACAUUGAGUGCCGAGCAGAGGACUACCCCGAUGUCAGCCUGGAGGACCUCGGUCAGAAGCUUCAAUGCAGCCUCCAAACUGGGCUUUUGUGCGAGAAUGCAAAGCAGACCGGAAAGAUGAACGUGUGUCACAACUACGAGGCCAGAUUCCGAUGUUGCGACAACAGCCACUGCAAUCCUGCAACCACACCACCGGUUCCCACGACGGCUGCCACCACAACCCUACAAAGCACCAUCCCGGGAAAGAGCACACCGCCAGCAUCUUCCGCAGGAUCCACCCCAGUGCCGCAGGCCUCCACCACUACGCAGAGCACAACAGUUGUUUCCACCACCCCAAUUAUAACAGCCCCAGUCAGCACACCAGGAACAACCCCCGGGAAAGCCUCUACUGUGACAGCUACAUCCCUGGAGUCCACCCCCGUAUCCAAGCCUACGGCAACAAUCCCAAGCUCAGGAACGACAACCACCACCGGUCCGCCAUCCUCUUCCACUACCACCUGCCAGCCUCGAUGCGAAUGGACCACUUGGUUCGAUAACCAUUAUCCAAGCUCAGCCCCAGAAGACGGAGACAAGGAAAACCCGGAGACGAUCCGAGCAGGAGGGGGCCAGAUUUGCGACAAGCCCCAGGACAUUGAGUGCCGAGCAGAGGACUACCCCGAUGUCAGCCUGGAGGACCUCGGUCAGAAGCUUCAAUGCAGCCUCCAAACUGGGCUUUUGUGCGAGAAUGCAAAGCAGACCGGAAAGAUGAACGUGUGUCACAACUACGAGGCCAGAUUCCUAUGUUGCGACAACAGCCACUGCAAACCUGCAACCACACCACCGGUUCCCACAACGGCUGCCACCACAACCCUACAAAGCACCAUCCCGGGAAAGAGCACACCGCCAGCAUCUUCCGCAGGAUCCACCCCAGUGCCGCAGGCCUCCACCACUACGCAGAGCACAACAGUUGUGUCCACCACCCCAAUUGUAACAGCCCCGGUCAGCACACCAGGAACAACCCCCGGGAAAGCCUCUACUGUGACAGCUACAUCCCUGGAGUCCACCCCCGUAUCCAAGCCUACGGCAACAAUCCCAACCUCAGGAACGACAACCACCACGGGUCCACCAUAUUCUUCCACUACCACCUGCCAGCCUCGAUGCAAAUGGACCGCUUGGUUCGAUAACCAUUAUCCAAGCUCAGACCCAGAAGACGGAGACAUGGAAAACCAGGAGACCAUCCGAGCAAAUGGGGGCCAGCUUUGCGACAAACCCGAGGACAUUGAGUGCCGAGCAGAGGACUACCCGGAUGUCAGCCUGGAGGACCUCGGUCAGAAGCUUCAAUGCAGCCUCCAAACUGGGCUUUUGUGCGAGAAUGCAAAGCAGACCGGAAAGAUGAACGUGUGUCGCAACUACGAGGCCAGAUUCCUAUGUUGCGACAACAGCCACUGCAAACCUGCAACCACACCACCGGUUCCCACGACGGCUGCCACCACAACCCUACAAAGCACCAUCCCGGGAAAGAGCACACCGCCAGCAUCUUCCGCAGGAUCCACCCCAGUGCCGCAGGCCUCCACCACUACGCAGAGCACAACAGUUGUUUCCACCACCCCAAUUAUAACAGCCCCAGUCAGCACACCAGGAACAACCCCCGGGAAAGCCUCUACUGUGACAGCUACAUCCCUGGAGUCCACCCCCGUAUCCAAGCCUACGGCAACAAUCCCAACCUCAGGAACGACAACCACCACCGGUCCGCCAUCCUCUUCCACUACCACCUGCCAGCCUCGAUGCGAAUGGACCACUUGGUUCGAUAACCAUUAUCCAAGCUCAGCCCCAGAAGACGGAGACAAGGAAAACCCGGAGACGAUCCGAGCAGGAGGGGGCCAGAUUUGCGACAAGCCCCAGGACAUUGAGUGCCGAGCAGAGGACUACCCCGAUGUCAGCCUGGAGGACCUCGGUCAGAAGCUUCAAUGCAGCCUCCAAACUGGGCUUUUGUGCGAGAAUGCAAAGCAGACCGGAAAGAUGAACGUGUGUCACAACUACGAGGCCAGAUUCCUAUGUUGCGACAACAGCCACUGCAAACCUGCAACCACACCACCGGUUCCCACAACGGCUGCCACCACAACCCUACAAAGCACCAUCCCGGGAAAGAGCACACCGCCAGCAUCUUCCGCAGGAUCCACCCCAGUGCCGCAGGCCUCCACCACUACGCAGAGCACAACAGUUGUUUCCACCACCCCAAUUAUAACAGCCCCAGUCAGCACACCAGGAACAACCCCCGGGAAAGCCUCUACUGUGACAGCUACAUCCCUGGAGUCCACCCCCGUAUCCAAGCCUACGGCAACAAUCCCAAGCUCAGGAACGACAACCACCACCGGUCCGCCAUCCUCUUCCACUACCACCUGCCAGCCUCGAUGCGAAUGGACCACUUGGUUCGAUAACCAUUAUCCAAGCUCAGCCCCAGAAGACGGAGACAAGGAAAACCCGGAGACGAUCCGAGCAGGAGGGGGCCAGAUUUGCGACAAGCCCCAGGACAUUGAGUGCCGAGCAGAGGACUACCCCGAUGUCAGCCUGGAGGACCUCGGUCAGAAGCUUCAAUGCAGCCUCCAAACUGGGCUUUUGUGCGAGAAUGCAAAGCAGACCGGAAAGAUGAACGUGUGUCACAACUACGAGGCCAGAUUCCUAUGUUGCGACAACAGCCACUGCAAACCUGCAACCACACCACCGGUUCCCACAACGGCUGCCACCACAACCCUACAAAGCACCAUCCCGGGAAAGAGCACACCGCCAGCAUCUUCCGCAGGAUCCACCCCAGUGCCGCAGGCCUCCACCACUACGCAGAGCACAACAGUUGUGUCCACCACCCCAAUUGUAACAGCCCCGGUCAGCACACCAGGAACAACCCCCGGGAAAGCCUCUACUGUGACAGCUACAUCCCUGGAGUCCACCCCCGUAUCCAAGCCUACGGCAACAAUCCCAACCUCAGGAACGACAACCACCACGGGUCCACCAUAUUCUUCCACUACCACCUGCCAGCCUCGAUGCAAAUGGACCGCUUGGUUCGAUAACCAUUAUCCAAGCUCAGACCCAGAAGACGGAGACAUGGAAAACCAGGAGACCAUCCGAGCAAAUGGGGGCCAGCUUUGCGACAAACCUGAGGACAUUGAGUGCCGAGCAGAGGACUACCCCGAUGUCAGCCUGGAGGACCUCGGUCAGAAGCUUCAAUGCAGCCUCCAAACUGGGCUUUUGUGCGAGAAUGCAAAGCAGACCGGAAAGAUGAACGUGUGUCACAACUACGAGGCCAGAUUCCGAUGUUGCGACAACAGCCACUGCAAUCCUGCAACCACACCACCGGUUCCCACGACGGCUGCCACCACAACCCUACAAAGCACCAUCCCGGGAAAGAGCACACCGCCAGCAUCUUCCACAGGAUCCACCCCAGUGCCGCAGGCCUCCACCACUACGCAGAGCACAACAGUUGUUUCCACCACCCCAAUUAUAACAGCCCCAGUCAGCACACCAGGAACAACCCCCGGGAAAGCCUCUACUGUGACAGCUACAUCCCUGGAGUCCACCCCCGUAUCCAAGCCUACGGCAACAAUCCCAAGCUCAGGAACGACAACCACCACCGGUCCGCCAUCCUCUUCCACUACCACCUGCCAGCCUCGAUGCGAAUGGACCACUUGGUUCGAUAACCAUUAUCCAAGCUCAGCCCCAGAAGACGGAGACAAGGAAAACCCGGAGACGAUCCGAGCAGGAGGGGGCCAGAUUUGCGACAAGCCCCAGGACAUUGAGUGCCGAGCAGAGGACUACCCCGAUGUCAGCCUGGAGGACCUCGGUCAGAAGCUUCAAUGCAGCCUCCAAACUGGGCUUUUGUGCGAGAAUGCAAAGCAGACCGGAAAGAUGAACGUGUGUCACAACUACGAGGCCAGAUUCCUAUGUUGCGACAACAGCCACUGCAAACCUGCAACCACACCACCGGUUCCCACAACGGCUGCCACCACAACCCUACAAAGCACCAUCCCGGGAAAGAGCACACCGCCAGCAUCUUCCGCAGGAUCCACCCCAGUGCCGCAGGCCUCCACCACUACGCAGAGCACAACAGUUGUGUCCACCACCCCAAUUGUAACAGCCCCGGUCAGCACACCAGGAACAACCCCCGGGAAAGCCUCUACUGUGACAGCUACAUCCCUGGAGUCCACCCCCGUAUCCAAGCCUACGGCAACAAUCCCAACCUCAGGAACGACAACCACCACGGGUCCACCAUAUUCUUCCACUACCACCUGCCAGCCUCGAUGCAAAUGGACCGCUUGGUUCGAUAACCAUUAUCCAAGCUCAGACCCAGAAGACGGAGACAUGGAAAACCAGGAGACCAUCCGAGCAAAUGGGGGCCAGCUUUGCGACAAACCUGAGGACAUUGAGUGCCGAGCAGAGGACUACCCGGAUGUCAGCCUGGAGGACCUCGGUCAGAAGCUUCAAUGCAGCCUCCAAACUGGGCUUUUGUGCGAGAAUGCAAAGCAGACCGGAACGAUGAAUUUGUGUUUUAACUACCAGGCCAGAUUCCGAUGUUGUGACAACAGCCACUGCAAUCCUGCAACCACACCACCGGUUCCCACGACGGCUGCCACCACAACCCUACAAAGCACCAUCCCGGGAAAGAGCACACUGCCAGCAUCUUCUGCAGGAUCCACCCCAGUGCCGCAGGCUUCCACCACUACGCAGAGCACAACAGUUGUGUCCACCACCCCAAUUGUAACAGCCCCGGUCAGCACACCAGGAACAACCCCCAGGAAAGCCUCUACUGUGACAGCUACAUCUUUGGAAUCCACUCCCUUUUCCAAGCCUACAGCAACAAUCCAGACAUCAGGAAAGACCCCUGGCAUUUCUGGAUCCACAUCCACCUUGCCUCCAUCAACUUCUUCCUUAGCUACACCUAGGACUUCAUCACAACCUACUGUGACAAUCUCUACAGCUUCCUCCAGUUCUUCUUUUACUACUGCAUCAACUAGUUCCAUUAUCCCUACCAUGGGAAUUACAACAGUCACUUUAAGCAGAACCACUCCUUGUUUCUGUCAUGUGUCUGGAGUUACAGAUUCUUUCUAUUCUCCUGGGGAUAUAAUCUAUAAUAGAACUGAUAGUGCUGGAUGUAGUUUUUAUGCCACUUGCAACCAGAACUGUGAAAUUGAAAGGCACCAGGGAUCAUGUCCUUCAACGCCUCCUCCCCAACCAUCAACUUUAAUUCCAUCAGUUACACCUCCAGGAACAGGCGCUGUUGUGAAAACCACUAAAUCACACACUUCUUCACCUGUACCGACCACAUCAGAAGUCCCAGGUUGCCUUGAUAUUGAGCCACCUAGAAAGAUCAAUGAAACCUGGAUGUUAAGCAACUGCACCAUGGCGACUUGUGAAGGAAACAACAGAAUUGUUUUGAUACCUCAACCACCACCAGAAAAGAUAGAAUGUGCAAGUGGACUUGAACCAAUCAAAAUAGAAGAUCAGGAUGGUUGUCCUCACUAUGAGUGUGAAUGUAUUUGUACUGGCUGGGAUAAUUAUCACUAUAUGACUUUUGAUGGUACUUACUACUCUUUCCAUGACAAUUGCACUUAUAUCCUGGUGAAAGAGAUUGUGAAUAAACAUGGAGACUUCAGUGUUUUGGUUGACAAUUACUUCUGUGAUCCAACUAAUGAGCAGUCCUGUUCCAGAGCCAUUAUUAUAAAUUACAACUCCGCGAAGAUAACGCUAAGCAGUCAGGUGCACAAUGGAGUGCGAACUAAUAUGAUUCUUUCCGAUGAUAAGCCAGUCUAUUGUGUCUACUGUGAAAUAGAUGGCAUAAUGAUUACUAAUACCAAUACUAUGGUUGCUCAAAUCCCUGCCAUUGGUGCAUUUGUUACCUUCAAUGGGCUCUCAUUCUCAGUAGAACUCCCCUAUGGCAUGUUUGAACACAACACAGAGGGACAGUGUGGGACUUGUUCAAAUGACCAGUCGGAUGAUUGCCGCUUGCCCAGUGGCCAUGAAGCUAGUUCCUGCUUAGAAAUGGCCAUUGAAUGGCAGGUUUAUGAUGAAAAUAAGCCCUACUGUGAAAGAGUGACACCAACGCCGACACCAACGCCUGUGUCACCCACACCAACCAUCUGCACAACUCCUUCUCCUCUCUGUGAGCUGAUUGUGAGCGAUAUCUUUGAAGAUUGCCAUAAAGUUCUGCCACCCAGAGUAUUCUAUGAAGACUGCCUCCAUGAAGCCUGUCACUCAGCCAAUGAUUCCCUGAGCUGCGAGUACUUAGAGAUGUAUGCUUACCUGUGCACAGCUAAAGGUGCUUGUACUGACUGGAGGGGCAAGACACAAGGAAAAUGCCCAUACAAUUGCCCCAAAGACAAGGUCUACAAUGCCUGUGGUACUGUUCCUGCUGCCACCUGCAGUGAUGGACCAACUGAAGACAUUAGUGUCCAUGUUUCUGAAGGAUGUUUUUGCUCAGAUGACAAAAUCCUGUUCAAUUCAUAUACUGACAUCUGUGUCUCAGAGUGUGGCUGUGUGGGACCAGAUGGAUUGCCCAAAUUGCCUGGUAGCACAUGGAAGAGCAACUGUCAAGAAUGUAUCUGUGACCCAUUAUCUGUAACGGUACAAUGUAAGCCACAGACCUGUGAGACCACAGAAACACCUGCUUGUGAGAAAGAAGGCUUUAUCGCUGUCCAUGUCGUGACCCCAGAAGACCCAUGCUGUCCAGAAAUUCAGUGCAAAUGCAAUGCUAGUGCUUGCUCCAACCAGAAGAAAUCUUGUGAGCCUGGAUACGAAUUGGCUUCAGUCCUUUUCGAAGGAGAUUGCUGUGUUACUUUCACAUGUGAGCAAAUCCCAAAUAUCUGUCUGGUCAAUGAAACAGUUUACAAGCCUGGAACAACUGUUCCUGGUAAGGCUUGUGAAACAUGCAUCUGUGGUGAUGCCACAGACCCAGCCUCCAAGAGAAAUGUUGUGGAAUGUACUGCAGUUCCAUGUGAUACAACUUGCACAGAGGGUCAUGAAUACCAAGUAAAUGCUGGUGAAUGUUGUGGAAAAUGUGUCCAGGUGGCCUGCGUCAUCACCCUUAAUGACACUGUUGAGCUGCUCAAGCCUGGUGAUAUUUGGCACCCAAAAACAAAUAACUGCACUUUCUAUGAAUGCGAGGAAAUUAGCGACACACUGGUUUUGGUUAAUACUGUAAGAAAAUGCCCUACCUUUGACCCAAAGGAGUGUGGACCUGUUGGAGUGGAGCUGACACCCGAUGGCUGUUGUCAAAAAUGCAAACCUCAACCACCAAGCUGCAAGCUUCACAAGAACCAAACGCUUAUCCGGUCAGAUGACUGCAUAUCCACCGAAGUUGUAGAAAUGACAUACUGUGAAGGGGUUUGUCCAAGUUCUGCAGUGUAUUCCAAUGAAGCAAGGGCAAUGCAGCACAAGUGUACUUGCUGCCAGGAGCUCAAAAGUCAUAGGAGAGAAUUGACCUUGACAUGCCGGGAUGGCAGAAGUAUCAAUUAUGACUAUAUCUAUGUGGAUGAGUGUCAGUGCACAACUGCAUGCAUCCCACAAACUACUAUUAGUUAGAGGAAGAGAAGAAGGUGCAUUCCUCUCAGGAUAAAGAAACAAAUAUGUUCCAAUGCAGCUAAAGUUAGCAUUAGUCGCCAUCUAGUGCUACUUCCUCUCUCUGUAUCUGCAAACAACAUUUGACUUUUUCUUGGUCAGAUGCCAUACUAAAUUAAUGUCUUCUUUUUAUAGCCACUUACAGAAUGGAUACAUUUGGAACACUCUCCAACCAUCACUUAAAAGAGUGUGUAAAAUGGUGAUAGAAAUUUAAAGUAGAAAACUGAACUCUUGUACUUGACAGGUUUCUCAUGUGCUUUGCUGUUUAUUUUUGGCUACAGUUCUUAACAGGCAUCUGACUGUGAUGUAGAUAAAUAUUUCUGUAUCUCAAGAUUAAUUAAAAAAAGCAUUUUCAACUUUGA